GAGCCAAGCAACCACGCUCACCUCAAACUACACACGCAAAGCUAACAAAUCCCAGCGUAUUCGCGAGAACAUCGUCCGGCCGCGUGACAGAGGCCGCAAUCCACGCCGGGAAAGGGCCCUUAAAGCAUUUGAGUGUGCAAGUAAAGGCGACCGCUAAGCGUGGGUGCCAAGCGUGCGCGAGGCGCCAGAAAGCCAGCUUUCCCGCAACAUGCGUCGCGCCUUUGCUUCACGGUGUCGGGGCUCCCGGUGUACGCCGGUGAUAGCCCAGGCUCAAUUUGGUGGUGCAAUUGUGAGUCGACUUGCCGGCAGCGCCAAAGUCCUUCGCGGCGAUUCUUCAUUCCACCUUCCGUUGCUCACGCCUGGCGACGGGCCUAGCCCGCAAUUGCCGUUUCUGGCGUCUGUGGAGUGUGCUCGUGCUGGCUUCGUAACUGUUGCACCCGCCGCUACAUCUCAAGGCGGCGUCGGUCUAGUCAGUCCUAGGGUUUCGGCGCCGGUACUGCCACUGCCUUCGGCCCCCCUUAGCGACGCGCCGCGCGCCUGCGCCAGCAGCUGCGACCGCGCCGGCAGCUGCAGCUGCGCGGACAGCACCAGCCAGAUGCUGGACGUGCUGUAUGCUCUGGGCGGCACGGGCGUGGUCACCACCGCGGACGGGCAGGAGAGGACGAUUAGCUCGGGCGAUUCACUGGUGGCCUGGCACAACAGCACGCAGCUGCGCUCGGUGCCCGGCGAGGAGCCGCCGGUGCUGCUUAAGUUCCACUUCCCCGCCGCAGUGCUCAUGCUGCCCCCCGGCACCGUGGUGGCGCCGGCACCCAGCCAUGCCGAUCUCAAGGUCCUGGUGGACGAGUGCCAGGGGCCGCACGACGGCGAGUUGUCGGUCCAGGAGGCAGACGACCUGCUUCGUGGCGUGCAGACUCGCGCCGCCCGCGCCAUCUCCCACCUGUACGCCGCACAGCCCGAGGAGCAGCCGCCAGCAGCCAGCGGCAGCCGGAGCGCGCCGUCCGUUGCGUCGACAGGGCCCGCCUCGGCGGCUGGCCCGGUGGUGACGGCGAGUAACGCAGUGCCGGUGCCGCCGCUGCUGCGGCGCCUUUUCCGCAACGCAACCGGUGCAUGGCUACCCGGGCUCGGCAAGUUGAGGCCACAGGCCGCACAGAGGCAGCAGCCUCAGGCCCAUGCAGCAGCCCGCAACGCAAGCGCGGCCAGCAGCACGCCUUCGCCGCCUGCACCGGCAGCAGCAGCCGCAUGCCCCACGUCGGCGGCCGCUGCCGCCGCCGCCUCUUCCGGCUGUGUGCUGCUCCAGCGGGCGUUGGAGGACUUCAAGGCGUUUCGCUUCCCGCGCCAGACCAACAAGCUGGCGUUCGUGUUCGACCCAGCCGAGCUGGGCCUGUCGCUGUCCUUCGGCGUGGAGGUCUUUGAGCCCGGCCACCACACGCCGCUGCACAUCCACAAGACCGCGCACGAGCUGUUCUUUGUGCUGGCGGGCGAGGGCGUGGCCUUCUGCAACGGCCAGCGCUUCACCGUGCGCGCCGGCGACGUGGUGGUGUUCCCGCCGCGCGCCGUGCACGGCAUUGACAACAACACCGAGUCCAAGCUCUACUGCCUGCAGCUGAUGACGCCAAACGAGGCGUUUGUGGAGCACGUCCAGAGCGGCGAGGCGGUGGGCCGGCUGGACGACGAGGACAUUUGUAACCUGGCUUCCCGCCACUGCUGAAGCGGAUACACACAAAUCGCUUGACACCUCAUCGCCUGCCGUUGACAAGGCGGCUCGCGGGAAGGUGUGGUCCCUGCAGCGGUUGACAGAUGUUGGUCCGACCGCCGACUGCGGACACCCCCCUUCAUGCCCGUACCUCUCUCACCACAAUACCACAUGCUCCCGCCACGAUUGAAGCACCGCGAGCAGCAGUGAAGGUCCCUGGUGCUGCUGCUGCUCGAUAUGUGGGGUGCUGCAGGUGGGCAUUGCCGCGUGUUGAAUAGGAGCGUGGUAGGACGAAAGCAUUGUGUGCAUGUGAUUUUUCCUUGUGCCCAUGCCCAAGAGAUUCCUUUAUACGAUGGUGAUGCCAAUCUUUCUUUGAUUGUGAGUGUUCCAGUGGUGUGAAUUUGUAAGUGCGGUGUUUGAUUUACUGAAAGGUGCUGGGCAGAUACGGCGAACGUUGGCUGGCGUUGGGCUCUGUGCUUUUCUGCGAGCUCUUCAGACGCUGCGGCCCGGUGUCUACAGCAUUGUUGCCGCUUGCCAAAAGGAUAUGGGGUUAUCGGACAAUUGCUUAGCAACGGGCAUGAAGAAUAGCUGCUUCUUCAUGUACAGUAGUUUGCUCUGUGACAUUACAGCGGCCUGCGCAUGGCCGGAACGUGCAAGGGUGCGGCGAAGUAAGCGAGGAGGGCAUGUGCUGUCCCUCCGCAAGUUGGGAUGACAAAGUGUACACUCACCCGGGACACAAUAGGAGUAGUGGGAGUUUUAUGGCCGGAAGUGACGGCACGACGGCGUGCCCUGCGCCCGUGUUCGCAUUGACACGCGAGCGUGUGGAAGAGCCAUUACUGUUGGGGAUGGAAGGUGAACUGGGAGUCCCUGAACAAUCUGGCGGCGGCAGGUAUGGUCAUUGUGGCGUUGUGGCCAUCAGCGGGUUCCGCCUUAAGGACACCAGGCUGCGAUGGAAUGGCGGUCUCCGGUUUGGGGCUUAAGAUGCUGCAUCAGGUCGAAUAGGCGAGCGAAUAAGGAAGGCCAAGGAGGAUGGCGGCUGUGGUGAGCCCGAGAGCCGCGCUGCUUGCGUCUGGUGUAGCGGGGUGCAGGGGGGUGUCUGUGUGGGCAAACCGGCGGGCCAGGCUCGCCACGCGUGUGUGCAGCGCGGUGGCUGCUCUUCAGCCUGCCCGCAAGAGGCAUGACUGUGGGUACGGCAGGACCGAUUGUGAGGACCAGUGCCGAUCGUGCGGACUUGUGUGAUACACAUGGACCAGGUGUGAUGUGUCUGGCCUCUGUUCUGGCAAGCCGUGUGUUGCGCAGCUGCGGCUAGGGCCAUUAAACAUGGGCUGGCGCAAUACCUGGAGGGCUGCUUUAUAUUUUACAGUGCAAACAAAUAUGCACCCCUGCUGUUGCACACGUAAUCGCAUGGCCGCUCAACCGCUCACCCAGUGAACGCGGUAUCAUAUGACAAAAGCCGCGUCGCCCGCGUGCGUCUUCGUUACGCAGCGCUCACUGGCUUAGCGCAUUCACUGUAUGGCUACUGCUACGCCAUUACUCUAGCGUCCUUGCACUCGUCACGAGUCGCCAGUGAUGCACUCGCCACAGGCCCACAGCUGACAGCUACACUGUCCAUACAUGCUGGUAAGCGUUGAAACCAAGCACGCUGAGUAGCCACUAACCGCACGUACCCCGUGCGAGGCCUGGCCGGCCUGGCCUUGCGCUUCAGCCCCAGCGCGCAACACCGCCGUCCAGCAACUCCGUUGCGGACCAUGCCAGCAGCACACUCGCCUCGCUAACCGACGGCGUCUUGCAUUCGCAUUCACUAGCAAGCACUUUGCUAACCGGCUCCGGCCCUCACAUCUGCGGCCCUCACAUCUGCUUGACCGUACAGGGGUAUCGGCAGUCUGUCCUGCUGGCCGCACUUCUGAUCCCCGCUUCAUGCAAUCACACUCUCCCAGUGCGCAGCCUACCGAGGAACCUAGUUGCCUAGUGCGUCCUCAUGGCCUUCACCGGUAGCGUCACCGCUCACACCCCUCCAAGCCGCGGCACACGUGCAUACCGCACCAUGUCGCAGCUUCAACCGCCUGUCCCUGCCACUGCCGGAU